AAAUUGAAAAGUCAGAGCCCACACGACGGUCUGAUGUUGAUUAGCAACAAUUUUGAUCCUUUCGUCUAAAACAUUAUCUAUACCCAUGGAAAUCUCCAUAAAUCUAAUUUCUUACCUCCAUACUUCCCUCCUUACAUAGAUCUAUAACAAUAACAUAACCAUGUCAGAAGAACAAUCCAAAGCCUCUGGUCUUCCAGUCGUAAUUCCCAAGUUCUGGGAUGAAGACGACGAAGCUCUAUCCCAAGAGUGUCGAAAUCUCAUUGCAACCCUACCUUCUGAACCGUAUUGGAAGAUCUAUCGGCUCUACCAAUUCCAAGGCUUUUGGCACAACAAAAGGGUCAUCCAAGGAGUCCUCAACUUGCAUAAACACUUUCAGGCUCAUGACUCUGACAUCAUCCUCGUCACGAUGCCAAAAUCUGGCACGACCUGGCUCAAGGCCCUCACUUACUCACUCCUUAAUCGCAAGACCCAUUAUCCGAACACGAAUCUAAACCCGACCCACCCUCUUCUCACUACCAACCCUCAUGAUCUUGUGCCCUUCUUGGAACUCCGUCUCUAUCUUGAGAACAACCCAGAUCUGAGCUCCUUCUCAUCGCCGAGGCUUUUCGCGGCCCAUCUGCCACACUUACCAUUGCCGGAGUCCGUAAAGUCAUCGAGAUGUAAGAUAGUGUACUUGUGCAGAAAUCCUAAGGACGUUCUUGUCUCGUACUGGCACUUUACAAGUCCGUUCUUCAAAACAGAAAGCCAAGCAGCGAGCAACGUGGUUGAUGAGGAUUUGUUUGAGAAGUUUUGCCAGGGAAAGAACCCUUUCGGGCCGUUUUGGGAUCACAUAUUGGGUUAUUACAAGGAGAGUUUGAAGAGACCAGAGAAGGUAAUGUUUUUGAGGUUUGAGGAUCUAAAGGGUGAGCCGGUGAGGGUUUUGAAGGAACUAGCUGAGUUUAUUGGGUAUGGUUUUUCCAAAGAAGAAGAAAAUGAUGUUGUGGGUGACAUAUUGAAGCUCUGUAGUUUUGAAAAUUUGAGCAAUUUGGAAGUGAAUAAAAGUGGAAAAGUGUCCUCCGGGGUGAAAAGUAAGAAUUUUUUUAGACGUGGAACAGUUGGAGAUUCCAAGAAUUUUCUCACACUGGACAUGAUCAAACGACUUGAUGAUACUACUGAAGAGAAGCUGGGGAUACAUGGCUUGAAGUUUUAAAUCUCCAUUAAUUAGAUUCUUUAGAACGUCUGGUCUACAAAUUAACAACAGGUGUUGGAAGUGAAGAUGUAGAAGAAGUAGCGGCAAAUAUAAUUAAACUUGUAAUCUCCCUAGAGAUAGAGUGUUUCUCAUGACGUAUAGCUUAGUGUCGAUCAAAAAUUAAAAGAUUGAGAACACUCUUAUGGAUGAGCCUGUUCAAACGUUGGGUGUGUCUGUGAAGCUUUUUAACUCGUAAAAAAACAUUCUUCUACUUGGAUAUGCUGGUGUUUUAUGUAAAAAGUGUGUGUGUGUGUGUGUGAAGCCUAGAAAAAUCAUAUCAGUAAUUUUCUCUU